UUUUUUAUUUUUAUAAUCACACACAAUCAUCCCGUCUUUUUUUUGUUCAUUUGAUCACUAUAACUCAAAUAUAUCAAACAGAACAAGGUCAAAAGACAAUAAGAUAGCAAGGCUCAUCGGGUAUUGCCCUUUGGGUAUUUUGCGUACUUUUUUUAUAACUGUUAUUUUUUUUUUUAAAAGACCAUAUAUUUCUAUUUUUUUCUUUUUCUUUCUUGUUCAAUUGGAAUCCCAUCAACUUUUAUUAAAAUGUCUACUGAACGUGAAAACAAUGUCUAUAUGGCCAAGCUCGCUGAGCAAGCCGAACGCUACGAUGAGAUGGUCUCCUUCACCAAGGAUGUUGCCAAGAUGGGUGUCGAGUUAACUGUUGAAGAACGUAACCUCUUGUCAGUUGCUUAUAAGAAUGUGAUUGGUGCUCGCCGUGCAUCUUGGAGAAUUGUUUCCUCUAUUGAACAAAAGGAAGAGAGCAAGGGUAACUCUGCUCAAGUUGAAAAGAUCAAGACCUACCGUCAAAAGAUCGAGACUGAGCUCCAAGAUGUCUGCAAGGAUAUUUUGGCUGUUUUAGCAGACAACUUGAUCCCCAAUGCUCAAGGUGGUGAAUCCAAGGUCUUUUAUUACAAGAUGAUGGGUGAUUAUCACCGUUAUCUUGCCGAGUUCCUUACAAGUGAAGCUCGUAAAGAAUCCGCUACUCAAGCACAUGAGGCCUACAAGACCGCUACCGAAAUCGCUCAAACCGAAUUAGCCCCUACUCACCCUAUUCGUCUUGGCCUUGCCUUGAACUUUUCCGUCUUUUACUAUGAAAUCCUUAACUCUCCUGAUCGUGCCUGUCACCUUGCCAAACAAGCUUUCGAUGACGCUAUUGCUGAGUUGGAUACCUUGAGUGAAGAAUCUUACAAGGACUCUACCCUCAUCAUGCAAUUACUGAGAGACAACCUUACCUUGUGGACCUCUGACUUGCAAGAAGAUACCGAAAAGUCAGAUGAUGUCAAGGCUGAAGCCGUUGACGAGUCCAAGUAAAUUUUUUUUUAUUAAAACAAACCAAAUAUAUUUUUGUCCCCCCUAUAAACAAGUUACAUUUUUUUAU